AUGAAUUAACUUGAGCAUUGGCCUUUCGAUUGAACUUUAAACUCUAUGUAAACAUUAUUGAAGUCUUAUAAAAGUUCGAUACGAGUAGAAAAAAAAACGUUCUCAAGUCGGAGAUCUGGUUGCAUCUCUUGUGUUAUAUGUAAACAGAAUGACGUCAGCGAGAGGGCUGCCUAGCACGUGGUCUCAUUCAUAGAAUAAUGACGAGCCCAGUGAGUGGACAUAUCGGGAUAUUCAUUCUGCAAGCAUGUUGCCUUUAUUGCACCACCCACCUUUUCCUUUGUUAUUGAGGAUUAUACCCUCCAGCAGGCAUUGAGCUCUAUGCCAGCAAUUAUGACAAUGUUAGCUGACCAUGCAGCCAGACAGCUGCUGGACUUUAACCAGAAGCUGGAUAUCAACCUGCUUGAUAAUGUGGUCAACUGUCUUUACCAUGGGGUUGGGCCACAGCAAAGAAUGGCUCAGGAGGUGCUGACUCAUUUGAAGGAGCACCCAGACGCGUGGACUCGUGUUGACACUAUUCUGGAGUUCUCUCAGAAUAUGAACACCAAAUACUAUGCACUGCAGAUUCUGGAAACGGUUAUUAAAACAAGAUGGAAGAUUCUGCCCAGAAACCAGUGUGAAGGCAUUAAAAAGUAUGUUGUGGGUCUCAUUAUAAAGACAUCAUCAGAUGCAGCCAAUGUCGAGAAAGAGAAAGUGUACAUUGGAAAACUCAACAUGAUAUUAGUACAGAUCCUAAAGCAGGAGUGGCCAAAACACUGGCCCACAUUUAUCAGUGACAUUGUUGGCGCAAGCCGCACCAGUGAGAGCCUUUGCCAGAACAAUAUGAUCAUUCUCAAGCUCCUCAGUGAGGAGGUGUUUGACUUCUCCAGUGGCCAGAUGACACAAGUGAAAGCCAAACACCUGAAAGACAGCAUGUGCAAUGAGUUCUCCCAGAUAUUUCAGUUGUGCCAGUUUGUGAUGGAAAAUUCCCAGAAUGCCCCACUUGUGCAUGCUACAUUAGAGACUCUGCUGAGGUUUCUUAACUGGAUUCCCUUGGGCUAUAUCUUUGAAACUAAACUCAUCAGUACUCUGGUGUACAAGUUUUUAAAUGUGCCGAUGUUUCGCAACGUGACGCUGAAGUGCUUGACUGAGAUAGCAGGAGUCAGUGUCAGCCAGUACGAGGAGCAGUUCGUCAGUCUCUUCACUCUGACCAUGAUGCAGCUCAAACAGAUGCUUCCUUUGAACACCAACAUUCGAUUGGCGUAUGCAAAUGGUAAAGAUGAUGAGCAAAACUUCAUUCAGAACCUCAGCCUGUUCCUCUGCACCUUCCUCAAAGAGCACGGACAGCUGAUAGAAAAGAGACUGAACCUCAGAGAGACGCUUAUGGAGGCUCUACAUUACAUGUUGCUAGUGUCAGAGGUGGAGGAGACUGAGAUCUUUAAGAUCUGUCUGGAGUACUGGAACCACCUGGCAGCUGAGCUUUACAGAGAGAGUCCAUUCUCAACAUCCACCUCUCCUCUCCUCUCAGGGAGCCAACACUUCGAUGUACCACCCCGCAGACAACUCUACCUGCCUGUGCUGUCUAAGGUGCGUUUGUUGAUGGUGAGCCGCAUGGCCAAGCCAGAGGAAGUACUGGUGGUGGAGAACGAUCAGGGCGAGGUGGUUCGAGAGUUCAUGAAAGAUACAGACUCCAUUAACCUCUACAAGAACAUGAGGGAGACGCUUGUCUAUCUUACCCAUCUGGACUAUGCCGAUACUGAGCGUAUUAUGACAGAAAAGCUUCAUAAUCAGGUGAACGGUACUGAGUGGUCCUGGAAGAACCUGAACACGCUGUGCUGGGCCAUUGGUUCCAUCAGUGGAGCCAUGCAUGAAGAGGAUGAGAAGCGGUUCCUUGUCACUGUCAUUAAGGACCUUUUGGGUCUAUGUGAGCAGAAGAGAGGCAAGGAUAACAAGGCCAUCAUUGCCUCCAACAUCAUGUACAUAGUGGGCCAGUAUCCACGGUUCCUACGUGCACAUUGGAAAUUCCUGAAGACUGUUGUCAACAAAUUGUUUGAGUUUAUGCAUGAAACCCAUGAUGGAGUGCAAGACAUGGCUUGUGACACCUUCAUCAAGAUUGCUCAGAAGUGCAGGAGGCAUUUUGUGCAGGUGCAGGUGGGAGAGGUGAUGCCCUUCAUUGAUGAGAUCCUCAACAACAUCAAUACCAUCAUCUGUGACCUCCAGCCCCAGCAGGUGCAUACAUUUUACGAAGCUGUCGGCUAUAUGAUUGGAGCGCAGACCGACCAGGCUGUACAGGAACACCUGAUCGAGAAGUACAUGUUGUUGCCUAACCAGGUGUGGGACAGCAUCAUACAGCAGGCCACCAAGAAUGUGGACAUCCUGAAGGACCCAGAGACAGUGAAGCAGUUGGGAAGCAUCCUGAAGACCAACGUCAGAGCAUGUAAAGCUGUGGGACACCCUUUUGUUAUUCAGCUGGGCCGGAUAUACCUGGACAUGCUAAAUGUAUACAAGUGCCUCAGUGAAAACAUCUCUGCUGCCAUCCAAACGAAUGGUGAGAUGGUGACAAAGCAGCCUCUCAUCAGGAGCAUGCGCACAGUAAAGAGAGAGACUCUAAAGCUGAUCUCAGGCUGGGUCAGCCGCUCCAGUGACCCACAGAUGGUGGGGGAGAACUUUGUUCCUCCGCUGUUGGAUGCUGUGCUGAUUGAUUACCAGCGCAAUGUCCCAGCGGCAAGAGAACCUGAAGUGCUUAGUACCAUGGCAACAAUCGUAAACAAACUGGGUGGACACAUUACUGGAGAGAUCCCACAGAUAUUUGAUGCUGUGUUUGAGUGCACAUUAAACAUGAUCAACAAAGAUUUUGAAGAGUACCCAGAACACCGGACACAUUUUUUCUACCUGCUGCAGGUGGUGAACUCACACUGUUUCCCAGCAUUCUUGGCCAUCCCACCAGCCCAGUUUAAGCUUGUGCUUGACUCUAUUAUAUGGGCUUUUAAACACACUAUGAGAAAUGUGGCAGACACCGGCCUUCAGAUUCUCUACACGCUGCUGCAGAACGUGGCUCAGGAAGAAGCGGCAGCUCAGAGCUUCUAUCAGACAUACUUCUGUGACAUCCUACAGCACAUCUUCUCUGUCGUCACAGAUACAUCACAUACUGCCGGUUUGACUAUGCAUGCUUCUAUUCUGGCGUACAUGUUUAACCUUGUUGAGGAAGGAAAAAUCAGUGCAGUUCUAAACCCCUCAAGCCCAGUCAACAACCAAGUGUUUAUUCAGGAGUAUGUGGCCAACUUGCUCAAAUCAGCUUUUCCACACUUACAAGAUGCCCAGGUCAAAGUAUUUGUGACUGGCCUGUUCAGUUUAAACCAAGACAUCCCAGCAUUCAAAGAACACUUAAGGGAUUUCCUUGUACAGAUCAAGGAAUUUGCGGGUGAGGACACCUCUGAUCUAUUCCUAGAGGAGAGAGAGGCAUCGCUGCGUCAGGCCCAGGAGGAGAAACACAAGCUGCAGAUGUCCGUGCCUGGCAUCCUCAACCCUCACGAAAUACCAGAGGAGAUGUGCGACUGAAUUCACACACAAACUCACAGCACACACACUGCGCUGACUCCUAAACAAACUAAACACACGACUAAAGCAGUGUUGAGGCUGCUCUUUUGUGGGGUUUCUCAGAAGUGUGUGUGUGAGUACUUAGGCUCUGCAAGGAGGCGAUUUCCACACUUGGCUGUCUCUUGACCAAAACAGUGCCAAUAUGUAACAGAUACUGUCACCCAGUGGCCCCGUUUGCAUAGUAUGCGUUUCAUACAGACAAUUUUACGUAUUACCUUUCCAUUGUUAACUGCUUAUGUUUGGUCACUUUAAUCCGAACGUGCAUGAAGGGUCACGUAUGUACAAUUAACUCGCUUCUGCACGUUUUUUUUUUUUUCAUUGCCCCUAUCCCCUUCUAUUUCCUCAUCUUCUUCCACACAUCAUGUUUUUGUUUAUGUAUAUUAUAUAUAAAGACCAGAGUGCAGUUUGUGUUUGCAGAGAGCUGUAUGUGUUUUGGCAGCGUGUAGAUGGUACAUAUUGUCAGUGUGUGGGUCAAUGAGUGACGCAUCUGGUCCAGCCAAUGAGAAUGUCAAUGAAUGUCUGUUGGGUGAGGAGCCAGAAGUGGUUUGGGACUAAAGUAGCUCUCUGCAGAAUGUGAAGUGGAUUGCUGAGUUGAACUGUCUGAUCGAUGCUGCUGUGGUUGUGAGUGGUGUUUUGAAACAAAACUCCAUUCACUUUUCCUACACAGAAGUGUUCAGCAGCCCCUCUACGUGUUCAUAUCAGCGUCACUGUACAGCAUCUUUACUUCCAUGGGAACAUGCAGAUGUUUUGUCCUGUUUUGUUGUGGGUGUGUGAGUGUGCGUGUGUUGUCGCUAAGUCGACAUCAGGUUUUUUGUUUUCCUCAAUGAGGACGGUUGCUCCUUUUGUGAGCUUUCAUUAAAUUAAAGUAAAAAAAAAAAAAAAAAGUGGUUGAAAUAUUUAUGGGUUCUUGUAAGCUUCACCUUUAUAACUGCUCAUGUUAACUCAUUCAGAGACUGCUUUGGAUUUUUCGAAUUGUACUAAUUUACAUUGUUUACCAUGCUGUAGUGCUAUCAGGACACUACUUGGAGCAAAAUAAAUCUGUUUACAUUUAAUUUUGUAUUUUUAAUUUUUAUCUUUAAGUCCUGUUCAAAUAAAAUGCAAGAGUUUAUUUCUAAGAAAAAUAAACAUAAAUGCCAACAUUCUCAUUAGGAAGAAGAAUGUACCAAUCCAAAUACUGAUUAUCAGUGGUGAAUUUCCCCUUUACUAUGUGUAGCAUUUGUUGUGAAACUUUCUGAACUGAUUAAAGUUGGAAGAAUUUUUAUAA